GUGUUUACAAUGGUUCCGUACCAGGUAUUGUCUCAUUGUACUUUCAGAUUUGAGAAUCUAAUCUUUCAUCAUGUAUCGCUUGCUGGUGUUGGCCACGUGUUUGGCCUAUGUGCUGAGCUCUCCAUUGGAGAAAAAGGAUUCAGUGAAGUUAACAGUUUUCUACGAGAGUUACUGCCCUUAUUCGAUCGAUUUCAUCGAUAAACAACUGUACGGAGCCUGGAACUACUUCAAGAAACACUUGCAGGUGGAUCUCGUGCCUUUUGGAAAUGCUGAACAAUCGUACGACAAGGGACACUUUGUUUUCACGUGCCAGCACGGGCCCAAGGAGUGUGUGGGCAACAUCCUGCACUCCUGCGCCAUCUAUGAGGCUUGCGGCAAGAAAGGUACCUUGCACUGUCCUGUGCCCAAGCUGAAGAAGGCUCUGAACUACAUCGAUUGUGUCAUCGACCAAGAGGAUCAACAGAAAGCUAGCGACAAGUGCGCGACCAAGGCAGGUCUAGAGCCCAAGGUCAUCAACAAGUGUGCUAAAGGAAAGCUGGGUGAGUGGUUGGAAAGUGGAUACGGAAAUCAGACCAAGGCCUUCGACAACCCUCCUGUCACAUAUGUUCCCUUCAUCGUGGUCAAUGGCAAACACACAGACAAGAUACAGGACGAGGCUCAGACAGACCUGAAGGCUUUGAUCUGCACGUACAUCCCGGACCAGUGCAAGAAAUAGAACUCCGAUAUCCAUCUACUGUAAUCCUCCUACAGUAGAUUAAACAUUAAAGGUUUUAAAUAAUUUAAUUGAAAUAAAAAUGAUUACGUAACGA